UAUCAAGUAACACAGAGGAUAUGCUGAGAAAAAUCUUGCAACUAGUUUUAUUUCACAGCUUCUUUUAAAAUGUUUGUAUAUAAACUAGGAUUAAGAAAAAUAAUUAAAAGGUUCUUUGGAGGAAGAUUACUUAGCAUUAUAGUAGCAUUAGGGAAGGGCUGUCACUGAGUUGAAACUGCAGUUUUCGGGUUGGACAGUAUGUCUGCUGUGCUGAUGUGAUGAAGAUCUUUUUGCUCUCUUAUUAAAAGUGUUGUUCCUUCUCGAGAAAGGACUUUGCAAGUAGCCAUGCCAGCCCAACAGAAGAAAUUCAUUUUUUGCAUCGCUGGGGUGUUAAGCUUCGCUUGCGCUCUCGGCAUUGCAGCAGCCGUUGGAACUCAGUUAUGGAUCAAAGGAACAAUACUGUGCAAAACUGGAGCUCUGCUUGUCAAUGCUACAGGACCAGAACUGGAGAAGUUUAUUGGUGAAAUUCAGUAUGGGCUUUUCUAUGGUGAGCGUGUUAGACAAUGUGGACUAGGAGGGAGACCUUUUCGAUUUUCAUUUUUUCCAGAUUUGCUCAAAAUUAUCCCUGCAAGUAUCCAUGUAAGUGUCAUUCUCUUCUGUACAGUACUGAUAGUCUUUGCUCUGGUGGGAACAGGUUUCUUCAUGUACAAUGCAUUUGGCAAUCCCUAUGAAACGCUGCAUGGUCCAGUAGGGUUAUAUCUUUGGAGCUUCAUUUCAUGUUCUUGCAGUUGUCUCAUCAUGAUACUAUUUUCUUCAGAAGUGAAAAUUCACCACCUCUCUGAGAAAAUUGCAAAUUACCAAGAGGGAAGUUUCAUCUUUAAAACUCACAGUGAACAAUUUGAGGAUUCAUUCUGGAUCAUCCUGGUUUGCUUCUUGGUGCACUUCCUGAAUGUUUUGCUAAUUCGGCUUGCUGGAUUUAAAUUUCCUUUUUCAAAAUCUAAAGAGUCAGAGACAACUACUGGAGCAGUUGAUCUCAUGUACUAGCCUGAUGUAGAUUUUUAAUUACAUUCCAGGCAAAAAGGUUAAUCUCCGCCACUUUCAACAAUGACCAAAUAUCUGUAAAAUAUCUGCAAAAUAUCUGGUUUUAUAAGAUUGAUUUAGAAGACAUUAAAAUCAAGAAGAGAUUUAAAAUAAACAUCAACACAGUAAAUAUGAUAAAACUAUGGUAUGGGUGAUCCUCAUUAAGGACUAGAUCAAAAUAUCCUUAAAUCAUGUAGCACCUACCUUAUUACGACAAUUUGUUUCACUGGGAUUAUAUGAGAAAUAAGGUAUAUCUUAACAUAGAUACAGGUAUUCUGGGUCUUUAUGUACUUUAAUAAAGGAGGAAGAAAUAAAAGUAUAGGAAAACAUUUCCACCAGCCCUAGAGAGUUUGCCUAUAUCUGUAAAGGUGGUAAUGUAUAGGAAUGACUACUACUACUAUUUUAUGUAACAAGACUGGACUAAGAAUCCACUCCAGUGAAUAAAGAGUGGUGAUUGCACCACAAAACUGCAAGCACCAAAUGAAAAAAAUAGAUAGCUUUAGUCACAAAUUUAGGGCCCAUAGCUGCAAAAUUCUGUUAAGUUCAAUGACUGUGGUUAUUCCAAACAGAAGUAGGAGGAGGGAAUCUACAGAUUAUGUAACCAAACUAGAAGGCUGGAUAUCCAACUCCUUGUUGUGCCUUAAAAGCUGUGAACACUCUGUAUUUUAGGUUCCAGUGGGAAUUGGACAUUCUGCACCUCCCAGGCUUGCUGAAUAUCUUGCACAAUUGAGUCCAUAAAACAGAGACUGCUCUAUACCUUUAUCUAUUAGAUGCCUCAGCCUCCUAAAUUGCUCAGAAAAGUCUCCUUUCUGCUUCCUGUUUCCUCAUGUAUUGUCUGCUGCCCUCACUUUAACAAAGGUGGGGGAAGUGUUCACUGGACAAAGUAUUUGUGCGAUAAAAGAGUUUGAACAGCAGGUAAUUUUUUAAAAUGGGUUAGUGCAGAAGCUCCAUUUAAAACAAAACUCAUUUGUUCUCAGUGUACUGGUAAUGUUAGGGGAAGACAGCAAACAACUUAAACUCAUUCAUAUUUCAUAGGCACCACAUCUAUCAUGUUACUGUUAAUCCCAGAGGACCAUAGAAGGUGGAAAUAGAAAACAAAACCUAUUGUUUUGUUGGAGAUGGGGUCAAAUUAAUUAUAAUUUGAAUAAAACUGAUUUCAACAUCACAAGGAUUUCACCCAUAGUAAGUGACCCGCUGUCCUGAAGACUUUACUUUCUAAAGAGAAGGCGAGUCAAAGGUUAGAAGGGGAAAUGGAGGCACAGAGGAGCAGAUGCGAAGUGAUUUGCCCAAGAUUACAGAGACAGUCAGUGGCAGAGAAUAGAAUACAACCCAAGUCUCCUGCCUCCUACUCUAGUACCCCAUCACCUUUUAAGUGUAUCAUUUAAAUUGGAAUUUUAAUGAAAUGUAAUGCACACUGUAGUGUGGCUUAACCAGUGUUCCCUGUAAUCUG